CUUGUUAGUCUUGUUAAUCCGUUCUCGUUUUUCACUUAUCUGACAGCAUCAGCACAAACCACUGUAUUUUGCUGACGAAGAGUGGCUUUCAACAUUUUUAUGUAGUGAUAACAUUUCAGUUCCCUGUUAUUAUUGGAAUUGUUAUUAAAGAGAAACUGCAUAAUAGAUUUCAAUUCUCUUUCCGCCAUCGCUUAUUGCAUGUCGUAGCUCGAAAAUCGUAAUUGGCGUAUUCACCAUUCACAGGCGUUUCAAUACUGCUAUCUAGCUUAAGUGGCACGUGAAAAAAUGGAGAACAACGGAACAGGCGACGAGCAACAAACUGGACAACCUCCUCUUUUCGACAAUGUAGAUAUCACUUCUCCGGAUGAUGAGAAUGAGAACGACAUCUUCGAGUCCGCCAUUCAGGAACCACUCUCCCCGGUGUUGGAAGAUAUUCCAACCACCGAAUCAGGAGACGUUUUCAUUGAAAUAUCGGUAUCCGAGCCGCAAAAAGUCGGUGAUGGUAUAGGCUCCUAUUUGGCGUUCAAAGUAUCAACCAAAACCAACAUACUUAAGUUCAAAAAGCGCCAAUUUUACACGCUGCGUCGCUUCAGCGACUUCCUGGGUUUACAUGAUUUAUUAGUAAGUAAGUACCUUCGGCUCGGGCGAAUCAUUCCGCCUGCGCCUAAGAAAAACCUAAUCGGAUCAACCAAGGUAAAGAUGGGUAGUCAACCACAAAACGAACCGGGAACAAUAGUCAAUCUGGAGUGGGUAGAGCAUAGACGUGCCUCAUUAGAACGAUUCCUUAAUCGGGUCGCCCAACAUCCUUAUCUGUGUCAGGAUAGUGAUUUUGUAAAUUUUUUGGAAAGCGAUCAAGAGCUCCCGCGUGCAGUCAACACGGCCGCUCUCAGCGGAGCCGGUGUCAUGAGACUGUUCAAUAAAGUCGGUGAGACGGUCAAUAAAAUUACAUAUAAAAUGGACGAAACUGACCCUUGGUUCAAUGAUAAAAUUAACGAAGUAGAGACUAUCGAUGCCCACAUGCAAAAAUUGCAUUCAGCCAUCAAGGCACUCGUAACCCAUCGCCGUGAGUUGGCCAUUCUAACCGGAGGUGUGGCUAAAUCGGCAGCUUUGUUAAGCACCUGUGAAGAACAUACCGGACUUUCGCAAGCGCUCUCUCAGUUAGCCGACGUGGAGGAGAAAGUUGAACUUCUCCGUUCCGAACAAGCUAAUUCGGAUCGUUUCAUUCUGUCGGAAACGAUCAAGGAUUACAUCGGCCUGUUUGGGGCAAUAAAAGAUGUGUUUCACGAACGUGUGAAGGUGUUUCAAAAUUGGCAGCAUGCCCAAAUGCAACUUACCAAAAAGCGUGAGAAUAAAGCCAAGUUGGAGCUCCAAGAACGAAGAGAUAAGUUGGAUCUGGCACAGAAAGAAGUUGAAGAGUGGGAAGCUAAGGUGCAACGUUGCCAGAAGGAAUUUGACAAUAUUUCAAGUGAAAUUAAAAAGGAAAUGGAACGCUUCGAACUGAAUCGUGCACGUGAUUUCAAAUUGACCAUUGUAAAGUAUUUGGAAGACCAGAUGGCGCACCAGCAACAGCAAAUGAAAUACUGGGAAGCAAUCGUACCGGUGGCUAAAGAAAUUGCUUGAGACGAACUGAACGCGACGACGAGCACGAUUAGCAUCGACGACGAAAAUAGCAGCAGCUGGAAGCUAUCCAACACGUUGCGUCUGUCCAUCAAUCUCGCCGACGCCAACGCUAGAAUUUCUUAACUUCGUCAUUCGUCUGGUUAGAGUACAGCAAAAAAUCAGACAUUACCUAUUCGCAAUCAGAGCAUGCAUUUUGUUAUUCUUCUAUUUGUUAUUAAGGAAGAUGAUCCUAAAGUGUAUUAUGGACAUACGUUUGAUUCCAAUUAGCAACACCGAUACUAGCAAAGCUAUGUACUAAAGCUUGAUUAUUUUUCCUUUGAAAAAAAUGUUCAUAAAUUUGAUUCGUUGUUUCGCCUCGAAUAGCAUAGAGCUCCAAGUAUAGAAAUACGAAGGGACAUAUCAAGCAACUGCUGAUAUUAAUCCGAAUGUUUAAAUGUGUCGAAUUGAAUAGUGAAAAAUCCUUCGGAUUUGUAGCAAGAUCAAAACAAAGUCUGUAGAAUUCUAGGUCGAAUAAAUCUUUUGUCAAGUGUGCAUGUAUUGUAGAAUAAGGCAUUGUAAUAGUGUACAGAUGAGCUCUAAUUGAAUUCUGUUUAAUGGGUACUUUAUGGACAUAUAAUAAGGCAAUUUUCGAGAGAAUAUUUUUUUUGACUUAGUCGAAUUUUACACAUCAUUUCAUACGGAAAAAAAGCGACGAAGGUCUAGAAUAAGCGCAUUUCUAAAAAUACACAAUAUCGAAACUGACUAGAUUAUUCGCGAUAAAAAAAAUAUAGUUAAACAUUUUCUUUUUUUUUAAUUUUGCUACGCCUAGAUGAUCUGCCUAAUUGCUAAGCUUGUAGUUCUAUAUAUCUCUUAAUACCUACUCAGUUGAGAGCGAAUCACAAAACUUCACAUUCAUGCGAAACAAUCAAUCACAAACAGUUGAUAAUAGUUGAAUCAUUCCACAAACUGAUAUUUGUUAAGGUCGUAUGUGUAAACAUGCUAACGGCUACCAGUCGCAUUAAAUUUCGCAUUCUACUCUGUUUUAUUACAAAAGUUAUGAUAAAGAGAGUCGACCGUCAAUAAACGAUGGUAGCGAUCUACUAAGGAAACUGUCAAUCGCGUGAAAUUUUCUAUCGUUAAUAUUCAGUCGCUUACGAUUAUGUUCGAUGUGCUAUGUACACUUGCGUGAUACUGGAUAAUUGUCUGUGUUUCAUAUGAAAGAAAAAAGAAACUUAUAAAUUAUUGUUAACUAAUUCUCUUUGGAAUAUAUAUAUCUGAA